AUGAAGGUUGCACAGAGCAGACAAAAGAGCUACUUUGAUCGAAAAAGAAGACCUCUCGAAUUUCAAGAAGGUGAACAUGUAUUUGUGAAAGUCACAUCAACGACUGGGGUAGGUAGAGCUAUUAAGGCUAGAAAACUCACUCCAAAAUUCAUUGGACCAUAUCAAAUUCUUCGUCAUAUUGGUCCAGUAGCUUAUCAAAUCGCUCUACCACCUUUUCUUUCGAAUAUCCACAAUGUUUUGCAUGUUUCGCAAUUAAGAAAAUAUGUACCCGACCCAUCUCACAUAAUUGAACCUGAUGAAGUCCCAUUGAGAGAAAACUUGUCAUAUGAAACAUCUCCAGUAAGGAUCGAAGAUAGGAGAAUCAAACAACUACGAGGGAAACAAAUUUCCUUAGUAAGGGUUGUUUGGGAUCAAGCAACUGGGGAUUCAACAUGGGAGUUGGAGGAGAAUAUGAGAUCACAAUAUCCAGAAUUAUUUCGAGACCGAUAA